GUGGCGUGAGUUUGUGUCGCCUUGCGAGCGAGCGAGAGGCGACGCAUUUUAUAUAAUUUCGCCGGCCUUCUUUUCUGUCGUCGUCAUGGACGUGAAGCCGGCAGAGGAGAUCGCCGCAGUUUCGCACAACCAAUUUUCUUGAUUCUUGGAGGAACAGAGUCAGUGCUGCGCAAGCAGCGUCGGUGUUCGACGUCGAGGGCGUCGAAGAGAGGGAGAGAGGGAGAGAGGGAGAGGGAGAGGGAGGUGGAGCGGGACCGGGGGCAGAGAGAGAGAGAGAGGUGGUUUUGUAGCUGGGAGGAGGGCGGAGGAAUGCGUUGUAGAAGUUGUGGCUUAGAAGGCCACAUCGGAAGGCGCGAGCGAGAGUGCUGUUAGAACGGAGUUUCGAAUUAGAAACAUGAUACAGUGAUUUCGCAGGCGAUUCAAUCGUGGAACGAGAACCUGCCGUUCGAAGCGCUUCGGCUCCUUUUCUGCAGCAGGGGCUUGCAGCGCCAGAGUUUUAAGAUCUGAAGACCUGCCCGUGGCCAAACGCGGGACAUUAUGGGAGACAAGGAAAUUAGCAAGGAGGAUGUACAACUGGCCGCUCUAGCCUCCACGAUCACAGAUGAGAAGGUCAAACCCCAGAAAGGCAUGGUCGCGAGGAUCUGGAGCGCCAUGGGACUAGUCGGCCACUUGUUUUUCAGAAAUAGCAAGGAGGAUUUUGAGAAAAGAUUGCAGCAUUUGUCCAAGGAGGAGGUAGCAGUGCACAGUCGAUUGAAGAGACGCACAGCGUACUGGAGAAAGUUUGCUAGAAAUCUUAUCUUGUACUCUGUGAUUGGUGAGGUCUUGGUGCUAGGUAUCGCAAUAUGGGCAACGAGGGCUCCGGACAUGCUCUGGGAAACACGCGCUUUACGAGUCCUACCAGUUUUCGCGUUGCCGCUGCUAACCACGCUGUUGUAUUCAUCGUGUUCAAGCUUCAAUCGCAUGCGCGAAGCGAAGGACCAAAAAACGUUAGAAAAGUUACGUGCAGAAAGACAAUCUAAGAUUGAUGAACUGAAGGAGAAAACUAACUACUACUUGACUCAACAGUUGAUCCAGAAAUACGAUCUUGAUCCAGCAGCCAAAGCAGCAGCGGCAAGUGUGCUUGCUUCGAAGUUGGGAGCGGAAUCGGGUUUGAAAAUUGCUCUCCAAGCAGCGGAUUUACUGGAGAAAGAACAAACAGGCAAGGUCUCUUCUUCUGGCAAAAGUAAUGAUAUGGAAGUCGCGGACUCCUCUGGUAUAAGGAAGCGAAGGAAUCCCUCAUCUCAGGGAGAUCCGAGAAGUAGUAUGGCUCUGAGUAAUCUUCAAGGUCAAGGGAGACAACCAGAUAGGAUGGACAUGGUACUUCGAGAUAAUACGGGUGAUAGAGACAUUGAUGCCUGGGAGCAUGAAAGGGAAGUAGAACACCACCGAGCGAGACCGAACGAAGGAGGUUGGAUUGCCAGGUUUGCAGCUAUGCUGGUGGGCGAGGAUCCUUCACAAUGCUACGCUCUCAUCUGUGGAAAAUGCCACAUGCACAAUGGGCUGGCGAAAAAGGAAGACUAUCAGUACAUUACGUAUUACUGCCCCCACUGCCACGCGUUGAACAAGUCGAACCAGCUAGAGGUGGCAAGCGAAGGUGUCAAUUCACCGGGAGGGUCAGAAACUCCUUCUCAGGCAGGAAGCAUAGAAGAGGUGUUUAGCUCAUGCGGUCCUUCUCUCGGUCCUUCUCUCCCGGAGCCGAAUAGCAGUUCAGAGGCAUCGCAUUUGGCUCGCUCAAAUCCGAACAAAGCUCUAAACGAGGAAAUCGUGAGCACAUGAGCUGGAUCGUACAUCCGAUGGUAACGACUCGUCUCUACUGAUGCAUCUGUAGCAAGCACGCGGGCGUUUGUAGAGUCGCUGAUUUGGAUGCAAGAGGAAGGAGCUCUCUAUGCACAUCAAACCGAGAUGUGCUGUACAGUAAGAGAAACGUGUUGAGAUUGGUUGCUUUGAAUCCCUCGAAUCAAUCUAGUUUCCCACAAAUCAAUCUUUAAAGCGUCCUGUGAGGAAUAGCCAGCCCUCUUCGUUGUACCGGCUGGUCCGCUCCUUCGCCUGUUGACCACACAGCCAAUACAACGAGGACCUUGACACAAGGCCUCCCUCCAAGUUUAGCUGAAGCUUGGAUUUGUGACAUGCGCACCCUCGCACGGCCACGUAUGACGCUGGACGUAAGCGAUGUGCCUCUGUAGGUCGAACUCUUGGACACCUUGGAGCGGAAGUACUUCUCUAGUGCUUUACUGCCAUCAUUGUGUGUUGGAUCUGCGUUCCGCAGCCCUCUUCCAACUGGAAGAGAUUGAUCGAAAGAUUUGCUGGAUAAGGAUUAGUACGUGGUGGGGUUCAACAGCCCCGGGACGGACUGACUUUGAAGGAGUUUGCUCGAUGGAGAAGAUUUUCAAUUUGUCUAGCUUUAGUCAAUUCGGCUGGCCUGGACAGGAGAGUCGUGAGAGUUGGAGAUGUGUCCUCAGUAUUUUCAAAGGAGCAUGUGAAAAUGGGUUCACAGCGGGUUUAACCAUUAGAGAAUAAGUUGUAGAAACGAUUGGGUAACGAGGCAAGCUUGACGUUACAGGCUGUUUUGUGGGCGGAAGAUUAUGUCGUCUGAAAGUGUCAUUAGUUUAAAUGCAGAGCUGCAGCUUGUUCCUACAGCCCGUUACCUCAAAAGCCAUGUAACAAGAUUUGUUAUCCUCCUAUUGAAUUUUGACUCCUGUGACAAAUGAGC